CAAACGUCAGAUGGUAUGUUCCGGAAGAGCUGACUCCCCCGUUGUAAGUCAUUUUUACCUCACCUGUUACGCGUGAGGUUCUGUGUUCAUUGCCAUUGCUGGAGGAAGAGGAUUUUUAGGAAGUAACGUGAAAUUUCUUAUUCCUUUAUUUCGGAUUUUGUAGUGUAUUGUAAUUUUACUAAAAGGGGAUUACAAAUACGGGGAUUAAUUUGUUUUUUUCAUUGAAACUCCGGUGACACGAAAAACGUGUACACCAUCGCCAUUUCACAAUGGAUAUCUCCUUCACUAAAACAACAGAAGAAGUGUGUGCGUACUUCGGUGUCGACGAAAAUGUAGGAUUAUCAGAUGAACAAGUUAAAAGGAAUACAGAAAAAUAUGGACCAAACG